AUGCCAAAGAUGGAGAACGGGUCAAACCACAGCCACAUCCACUUCACUCACACAGAGUUUGUUCUCUUUGGGUUUCCUGGGAUAAUAACACACAGGAAAAUGUUAAUUAUUCCCUUUGUCAUUGUGCACAUUCUACUCCUUUCGGGGAACUUCACCAUCGUUUACAGGAUCUAUGUAGAGAAGAGUCUCCAUGCUCCCAUGUACUUCUUCAUCUCCAUCCUCUUUCUCUCCAGUAUUGUGUGUACAUCUUCCAUCACUCCAAAGUUCCUCCUGGGGUUGUCAUUUGGUCUAGAUCGGAUUAGUAGAGCUGGUUGCCUCAUCCAGAUGUUCUCUAUCUAUUCCAUCACUACAUUUGAGUCUGGGGUCAUGCUCUCCAUGGCUCUGGACAGAUAUGUGGCAGUCUAUAGACCUCUACGUUACAAUAAUAUCAUGACCAAACAGACCCUGGUGGUGUUGACCUGUAUUAGCUGGGCCAGAAGCAUUUUCCUUGUGUCUCCGGUCGUUAUAUUGACUUUUUCUGCUCAGUAUUGUAGGUCCAACAUCAUCCUGAGCUUUGUCUGUGAGAACAUGGGUCUCCUUAGCCUGGCCUGUGGGGACAUCACAAAGCAAAAGAUGGUGGGUCUGGUUGUCCGGAGCAUAAUUACAUUAGGUGACUUCAGUCUUCUAGUGCUGUCCUACUCCACCAUCCUCUACACGGCCAUGAAGAUUGCCACUGCAAAAACCCGUACCAAGGCCCUGAACACAUGUGGAACACACCUACUGGUGGCCAUGUUGAUAUAUAUGUGUACAAUCAUAUCAUCCAUCAUAUACAGGAUGAGAACCUCCAUGACUAUAGACAUCCUCAAUCUGGUCAGUGCCAUUUACCUAAUGUUUCCGGCCACAGUGAACCCGGUCAUCUAUGGAUUAAGAGUCAAAGAGAUCAGAAAAAGUCUAAUGAAAUCCUGGAGGUGA